UAGCUGUUCCAGCAGCAUCCGGCGCUGGGCUGGAGGCGGUGCCGGCAUCCUCUCUGUCUCACCCCUGUGAUCCGCCUGUGCCAUCCUCCUCCUCAGUUAAGUGAGGCAGCAAGGAGAGGCGGGGCUGGGCUCCACCUCUGCACUGUGACCCUCAGAAGCUGCCAGGUCCGCCGGCACACACUAAGUGCGCCCAGAAUGCGGGGUGGCCAGGGGCAUAAAUGUGGAGUGAAUGAGGAUGGAGUGAAUGAACGGAUGGACGCAUGAAUGAAGGUGGGAUGGAAGCGUGAAGUGGGAGGCGAGAAGGAACGAGCGUCUCCCUCCGCCCUGCGGGUCUCGGGGCUGGAAAACACGGAGCUGAGACCUGCUGGGGGCUCCCACCCCGCCCUGCCUCUCCCACCGGCCCCCCUCCCCGCAGCGCGCAGCCCGGCUGGGCCCGCGCCGAGCCACAGCCCGCGCAGUAGCCCGGGCUCGCGCUCAGCCCCUCGAGCAGAGGCAGCGCAGCCUAGGGAGGGGGCUGCCCCGGUCCCCUCCCGCAGCCCCGGACCCCAGAGGUCCGGCCUUCCCCGCAGGAAGGCGAAGUUCCCGGUGCCAGGUCCGGGCACCAGCAGCCGAGAACGCCUGGGUCCCGGAGUCAACAGGUGCGGGGUGUGGGGGACCCCCUAGGCCCGGGAUGGGGUUCCAAAGGACCUGCGGCGAGGGAUGGGGGGAGCCAAGAUUCUUGGGUGGUAAUCGGGGUGCUGGGAGACUGGCUCCCCGGCCGGCGCUGCCCUCCUCCAGGCAGGCUCCCGCGGAACGCCGAGUGCGCUCGCUCCCCCCGCCUCCCCGGAGCCCCCGCAGCCCCUGAGGUGCAGGGAGGUCCCGCGGACGGAGCCGGCCUGCCGGCGUUCAGUGGGGUACGAAGGCGUCCCCUCUCCCUCCCCAGGGGUCUCCGCAACCCUCCGGCACCCGGCAGGGGUCUUCCCAGGCCAGCCGGGUGAAGGAGGGGCUGAGUGCAGGAGGAGAGGCAGGGAGCUGGGCUGGCUAGAUUUAUGAAUGGAGAGCUGCCAGCGCGCCGGAACAGCGGCUCCUGGCGGCCGUCGGGGAGCGUCGCGGCCCUGGAGACCCAAGGGGGGCCCGCAGGGGGCCUGGACGCCCCCGUUGCUCCCAAGGGGUCGUCAGUCCCUCCCCGAACCACCCCCACUGUGGUGUGUGUGUGUGCGCGCGCGCGCGCGCGCGUGCCCACCGGAGGGUCUGGCAGGUCUGGCGGGUGGGAUUUGGGUCUCUAACACCUCCAUUGACCCUGUUUCCCAGCCCAAAAUUAAAGCCUGUGAACUGGCUCAAAAAACAUUUGAAAUCGGGAUGGCUUUUCCACUUAAAUCUAUGGUGUUUCGCUGGUUCGGACAGACCUGGCUUAGGAACUUUGUGACCUUGAGCAAGGGACUCAAUCUCUCUGAGCUUCCCUCUCAUCUGCAAAGCAGCAUACCCUAAUAAGAGUAGCUGGAAACUUCCCCCAAACCACCUUCUCGUGCCAGGUUCUUGGUGAGGCAUUUGGCAUGCAUCAGAGCUCAUUACUCCUCAUCUCGGCCCUGUAAGGUAGGUAGGGUUAUCACCCCAUUAGAUGGAUGGGGAAACCGAGGCUUAAAGAGGCCAGGUAAGUUACCUAAGGCGACUGGUGUGGAAUUGGGAUGCAACCCAGGUCUGCCUUCCUCCAUCAAUUUCAUGACUGUGAGAAUUAAGAGGAAACUUAUAUGCAAAGUGCCUGCCACACUCCCUAACAUUUCCUUCCUUCCCUCUUUCCCCACUCUUUUCUUUCCUUCCUCCCUUCAGGACGUUUGGGGCUGAGACCCCAAAAGACCUGGGUGCAAGCUUCCAGAUACCCUGAAGGGAGUGGACUGAGGGCUGGCCCAGGGUUCCCUCCUCUCCCUCCACAGAGCCUAGGAUGCCCCUCUGCUGCCGCGCCUCCUGAGCUCAUGGAGCCCUCAGCCACCCCAGCGGCCCAGAUGGGGGUCCCCCCUGGCAGCAGGGAACCGUCCCCUGUGCCUCCAGACUAUGAAGAUGAGUUUCUCCGCUAUCUGUGGCACGAUUAUCUGUACCCAAAGCAGUAUGAGUGGGUCCUCAUCGCAGCCUAUGUAGCUGUGUUCCUCGUGGCCCUGGUGGGCAACACACUGGUCUGCCUGGCCGUGUGGCGGAACCACCAGAUGAGGACAGUCACCAACUACUUCAUCGUGAACCUGUCUCUGGCUGAUGUCCUGGUGACGGCCAUCUGCCUGCCGGCCAGCCUGCUAGUAGACAUCACUGAGUCCUGGCUCUUUGGCCAUGCCCUCUGCAAGGUCAUCCCCUAUCUACAGGCUGUGUCCGUGUCAGUGGCAGUGCUGACUCUCAGCUUCAUCGCCCUGGACCGCUGGUAUGCCAUCUGCCACCCACUAUUGUUCAAGAGCACAGCCCGGCGGGCCCGUGGCUCCAUCCUGGGCAUCUGGGCUGUGUCACUGGCUGUCAUGGUACCCCAGGCUGCAGUCAUGGAAUGCAGCAGUGUGCUGCCCGAGCUAGCCAACCGAACGUGGCUCUUCUCUGUCUGUGAUGAACACUGGGCAGAUGACCUCUAUCCCAAAAUCUACCACAGCUGCUUCUUUGUUGUCACCUACCUGGCCCCACUGGGCCUCAUGGCCAUGGCCUAUUUCCAGAUAUUCCGCAAGCUCUGGGGCCGCCAGAUCCCUGGCGCCACCUCAGCACUGGUGCGGAACUGGAAGCAGCCCUCAGACCAGCUGGGGGACCCGAGUGCAGAGCCCCAGCCCCGGGCCCGCGCCUUCCUGGCUGAAGUGAAGCAGAUGCGUGCGCGGAGGAAGACAGCCAAGAUGCUGAUGGUGGUGCUGCUGGUCUUCGCCCUCUGCUACCUGCCCAUCAGUGUACUCAAUGUCCUUAAGAGGGUGUUCGGGAUGUUCCGCCAAGCCAGCAACCGCGAAGCUGUCUACGCCUGCUUCACCUUCUCCCACUGGCUGGUGUACGCCAACAGCGCUGCCAACCCCAUCAUCUACAACUUCCUCAGCGGCAAAUUCCGGGAGCAGUUUAAGGCUGCCUUCUCCUGCUGCCUGCCUGGCCGGGGUCACUGCAGCUCUCUGAAGGCCCCUAGCCCCCGCUCCUCUGUCAGCCACAAGUCCUUGUCCUUGCAGAGCCGAUGCUCCGUCUCCAGAAUCUCUGAGCAUGUGGUGCUCACCAGCGUCACCACAGUGCUGCACUGAGCGAGGGCUGCCCUGGGGGCUCCAGCUUGGGGGAUCUGCCACUACCCCUCAUGGAAAGACAACUGGGUGUGGCAAAAGGCUGGAGCUUCUGUCCUGGGUUUCUGCCUGUGUGACUCUGAGCCUGUGUCCCCUAAGCAGGGUUGAUGUGAGGAUUAAGCAUGCUGAAGCAAGUGGAACACUCCUUGUAAACUGUGAAGUGUUGCGGACAUGAUUAUUGUUGUACUUCUCUCAUUUGGCCAUACCCCACGGUAUAGUCUGUCCCCAUCAUCCUUCCAGAGCUUCGCCAUCCUCCCAAAAAGCCCUUUCCUACCCAAUUACAGGCCUUCCCUGGAGGCUGCUCUAAAGGUCCCAACAGGCAUUUCCAUCUGGUCCAGUGACUCCCUGAAGCCCAGGGCUGCACUUGGCUGGCUGUUUUGAUGCCUGUGUGAACUAAUCUGGGCCCAGCCUUUCUCCAGUGGGCCACAAGCACAGCCCCGCCCUCACGAGGUGCCAAGGGCACACACCACAGACCCAACCUUGUUGGCUUUGUGGUGGAUAAAACACUCUCCAUGGCCACUUGGCACAGAGGCCAGCAGCCCGAAGCAACUGUAAUUAAAAGCCUGGCACUGAAUGUUCCCUUUCCUUGUCAUUGCACACAAUCUGUGCUGCUUAGGUUAGGAGCAGAAGAAGGUGGGGAAGCUGGGGGGAGGGAAGACAAGAAGGCACUAGAAUGCUCUUAUCUGCUGACCUCCCGCUACCACCACACAGGAUCCCAGAUGGACUCAGCCAGGCCUCAGCACACAUGGUGCUGCCUCCUCAUGCGGUGCCAAUCCUGUGACGCCGGGACCUCACUUAACAAAACUGUCUGCUCACAGGCCCAAUGGCCUGGGGAAGGUAAGGGCGGCAGGGUAGGCAGACAGCAGGUUAACAGGCUGAUUUACUGUUACCUUCUUCUUGGAAACCAGGACUUGCGUCUAUUUUCUAUGAACUCACAGGAUAAAAAGAGAAAGCCACAGACUUGGCCAGACACGCUCCGUCUGCCACAGAGAUGACUUUAAGGCUGCCAAAGGCCCUGAGCCUUGUUGCCAGAGCAGGAUGUGGAACACAGUCUGAAGCGCCACUCUGCUGAGGAACAGGGAUAUCUGGCAGGGGCCAGCUCUGCUAUGCACACCACCGGGUCUGCUUACCUUGAUUAAUGGAGCUGUGGGCUCCCUCUGACCUCCCCCGUCAAGAAGGUAGGCAGAGCCUUGGUGCUGCCAGGGGCCCAGCUCAGGAGUGCUGAAGCACUGCUCUCGUAGGCACGCUGCUUUACCCAGAGCAGGUGAAAUGUGUGGUCUAAGUGCUUCACCUGCUUUCCACAUGACUCACCAGCCCAGCUCUCUGUGGAGAGGACAGAGCCCCAGCAGCUGCCAGGAGGAUGGGCUCUCCUGCCCAUUCCACACUUCCACUGGCCUUAGGAUCCAAAGCUGCUGGCACAGUGCAUAGGUAGGCUUGGAGGUGAGUGUGCAGGAUGAGGUGUGAGGGCUGACCCCCAAGCUCAGAACCAACCAUCAUGCUCACAAGAUCAAUGCAGGUCUUGGGCUCGUCAGCCUCAGCUGAGUACAAAGAUGAGAGACUACAAUUGGCAGCAUCGGUUGCAGCAGACACUUGGUUCGGUGGGAACAAAGAAACAACAGGCGCUGCUUCCGAUGGCUGUAGUUCUAACCACGCUCUGCUGGCUGAACCCAGCACCAUGGAGGCCUCAGCCCUCCACUCUGGGGGACUUGAAUAAACUGAAGAAAACUCAGGUGACCAGGAUGCUGAGGGGGGAGAUGCUCAGCAAGGGAAUGCUCAAGAGCCCAGGGCUCUCUGGCCUAGGGAAGGGAGGACUUGGGAAAUGUGGCAUAUAGGGUAGGCUCCACUAUGUAGAGGGUUAGCGUGCAGAAAGGGUGAUGUAUGUCCUGGGUGGCCCCCAGAGAAAACCACAGCCAAUGGUGGGGUUUUCAAGAUGGCAGGAUUUAGAAUCCACAUCAGGAAGAUGUUUCUGCCAGUCAUGGAGGAAAUGGGCUGCCUGGAAAGGCACUGAGUUCUUUGCCACUGGAGGUUGGCAAGCAGACGCCAGACUCACAGGGAGAGGUUAUGAAGGGGAUUUUAGCUCUGGAUGGGGGCUGGCCUCUGGGAACUGGAUUCCAUCUAAUGCUGGGAUUCUAGCACUACAGCAGCCCAGAGAAUGCAGCUGACCUGGCUAAGCCUGACACACCUGCUGGGCCUCACUGACCUUCAAAACAGUCAUAGUUACUUCCAACUAUCCACUGCAGGGAGGAGAGCCCUGCGCAGGGCCUCAGAGCUCUUACCUUUAUCUCAAAAAGCCAAAAGAUAAUCACCAUUACCCAGUAUAAAGCCCCCUGGCAAACUAGAACGUCUGAUGUCUUUGGCUUUUGACUGAAAUGUGGUCAGCUCAUUACAGACACCCGGUGUAGACUGGGUAUUAUGCUGAUCUAAAGAUCCGACUUGCAAGUACAGAUGUCUGUGCUUAAUAAAAAUGGGGGAAAGUUAUGACUUAAUAAAUGGAGUUUGUCUGGAAGAUAAAACUGGGGCCUGAGAAAAUAGAAAAGGCCAAGCUAUGAAGUUUGAGGUAGCUGCUUUCAGCCCACAAUGCCAGCCCUAAAACUGCCAUGAAACAGCUUCCUGAAUAGACCUCCAGGCCAGACUGAACUGAACCCGGCAGGCCCCCCCAGCUGGCUGUCCUACACUUAACUUCACUCUGGCAAAUGAGAGGAGCCCCACACAAGCCGUGCGCCCCCGAGCUGCUGCUUCCUGCGUGGCUUGGUAUACAGGAUGUACUUACAUAGUCACUGGAAGAAUGAGUGGAUGAACCUGUAGCUGAGAAAUCAUGGUGGAAAACAUGGAACCCCAGAGUUUCAUCCUUUUAUUGAAGCUUACAAUUUCACUGGACUUUUGGCCCCAAAUUAAAAAAUGCAAAUCAAGAAAAGUAUUGGCAGGGAGAGGUGACCACUGUACCCUGGAGACCAAAGUUAGGCAGAGCAUGGCAGGCAAGUGAGGGGUCCCA